AUGAUCUCGGAAAGCGGUAGAUGUACGAAAGUAUUCAUCAGAAAGCCAUAUAAACUUCCAAGAAUUUCGAUUACGUUCAAGAAUCCGGACGACCCAAGGCUGUUGCUCUCCUGUACAGAAUAUCCAGACUCAAACAGAAAAAUAUCUCCUGUUGUACAGAAAAUCAUGGCAGCUGAUCCCCUGUAUAGAAGAAUGUGCCAAAAAAGGACUCCUGAGCAAAAGGACUUAGAUGAAGCAACCAAACUGCGGACCACGAUAUAUUGUAUCCUUUCUUACCUGUAUAUACUGAACAGAUUUAUA